CGGCCGGGCGGCGCAUGGGAGAUGCGGAGCGGCCCGCGGGGCGGGUGGCGCCGCCGGGGCCGCCGCCGCCGCCGCCGGGGCCGCCGCGCCGGAGCUGAGCGGCUCCGCCUCCGCGCUCGCGGGGAGUAAUAGCGGCGGGGACGGGAGGUGAGCGCCCAUCCCCGCGGCGGCGGUGGUGGUGGCGGCCGCCCUUUCCUCGCAGCAAGAGCAGGAGGAUGCGGCCCGGCGCCGGGCUGUGAGCGAUGGAGGGGGUCCUGUACAAGUGGACCAACUACCUGGCGGUACGUGCUGCUGGAUGGCUGGAGCUUGCUCUGUUGGAAUGGCAAUUGGUUGGCAGCCUCGGUGGUUUGUUUUAGACAAUGGGAUAUUGUCAUACUAUGAUUCACAGGAUGAUGUUUGCAAAGGCAGCAAAGGAAGUAUAAAGAUGGCUGUGUGUGAAAUAAAAGUUCAUGCAACAGACAACACAAGAAUGGAGCUGAUCAUCCCGGGGGAACAGCAUUUCUAUAUGAAAGCAGUUAAUGCAGCUGAAAGGCAAAGGUGGCUGGUAGCACUGGGGAGUGCAAAAGCCUGUUUAGCGGAUACCAGAACAAAAAAAGAAAAAGAAAUAAGUGAGACCAAUGAAUCUCUCAAAACCAAAAUGUCCGAACUUCGUCUCUACUGUGAUCUUUUAAUGCAGCAAGUUCAUACAAUACAAGAAUUUGUUCACCAUGAUGAGACUCGCUCUCCUCCCAGCAUUGAGAACAUGAAUGAAGCCUCUUCCUUGCUUAGUGCCACAUGUAAUACGUUUAUCACAACACUUGAAGAAUGUGUGAAGAUUGCUAAUGCCAAGUUUAAGCCAGAAAUGUUCCAGCUGCCUCACCCUGAUCCCUUAGUUUCUCCUGUGUCACCAUCACCUGUCCAAAUGAUGAAACGUUCCAUUAGCCACCCUGGUCCUUGCUAUUCAGAAAGGAAUAAUCACUCUGUAAAAGAACCAGUUUCAUCCCUUCACCGAUUUUCACAGCGGCGCAGAAGAACAUACUCGGAUACAGAAUCUUACAGUGAUACUCCCCUUGAAGAUUCUCAGAGAUCUGCUCACUGUUCUAGAAGUGCUGUCAAUGGGGAUCUGGUAUCAUCAACCAUUCCUGAAGAAAAUAGAUCAGUAUCGAAGGAAGGAUCUGAACUGGAAGAGACAUUUUCAUCCCUUUCUUCCUGAAUAAACUGAAAGUAUUCAAUUUUCUAUAAAUAAGGCUAUGCAAAAGCUGCUGUAAUUAUACUGUUGUUAUAGGAAGUAGUCAUUUCCCUUUUUAGAAGGAUUUCUCUGCACUUUAUAGAAUAACAUAAAAACUAUCUUUGAAGUGUAUUUUAUCUUUAUAUAGUUUAUUUGCAAGAGUAUUUUCCUAAUAUUUCACAGUUUGAAUGUGCAUUUUUUGAAACAAAUGAUGGCUUAACAGGUAAGCAUCCACAUUUGUAAAUGUAGCUCUUUUUAAAAAGUGUGAAGGUCUGACUGAUACAUUAGUAAACCUGCAGGUUAUAAACUUCAGCAAAAAGGUUUCAUUUUUUUUUUUUGGAGAAAAUGCAACUUGUGCCAUGGGCCUCUUGGUCAUUUGUACCGGUCAUCCACCAGGAGCUGUGAUUAGCCCUGGGACGGCUUUUUUGCCUCCGUAAGGGCUGUGGGAAUGGGCACUAAUGGGUCUACUCUAGCAGCUUGAUGGUAAUUGACAUUGCCUUCUUUAAAAACACAAGGAUAUACAUAAUCCGGUCCUUAUUUUUAGCCAAUGAAAGUAGAAAUAUUUAGUGUAUUUUUCUAAACAAAUGUAUAAAGGUAACUUAAUAUGAAGCAUUUGUACCAAACAUUGGAUAUUUAAUAAUUUUUAUUUAUUUAUUCUUUUUUGCAUCAAAAAUUUCUACCUACUUUCACUACUAGAGGUCUAAAGAUCUAUUAAAGGCUUCAAAAUGUGCAUAAAUUGCUUCUGGAGUGUGUAGCAUCACAAGUAGCUAACGCAGCACUGUUAAGAUUUACUCUGCUCACUUAAGAUGUGUUUUUAGCAAAAUAUUACAGAAGCAAGAGCUGAAAUAUUAGACCAGUAAGCUGCUGUUGUAAUGAAUAUUUGUAUCUAUACAUAUUUUAUUUAUGACAUAUUUAUACAAAAGAGAGCUUCUGUUUUUGCAACUCCUUUAUAUCAUUUGAGGAUGGUAUACACCAGGAGAGGGAUUCUGCUCUCAGUUACGUCAGUGUAAAUUUGGAUUAACUGUAAGUGAGAUUGGAGUCCGACUCUCUUAAUUACAUGAGUAAUAUAGUAUAACAGUGCCUACUAGCACCUUGGUCCAUAAGGCUGUUAGUGUUAGCAUUGUAUGCUUUUGGGGUAUUCAUUUAGGGAUAAACUUGGUCUAUAAAGUCUUAGCUGUAGAGCACUUUAAGCAAGCCAUUUACUGUUUUUGAUUUACACAAUUGUUAAAUAAGUGUACAGGGUUUUUUGCACUCAAGCACAUACCAAAAUCCGUUUUUAUAAGCAAAUAUUUAAUUUGAUUUAACCAGUCUUCCUUUUGUGUAUAUGAAUAAUUUCGUGUUUUUGAAGCAGGCUGGAAAGGACAGAUGGGAAUGGAAUGGAACCUUUCCUUUCAAAAUAGGUCCAAAUGUUGAGGAAAAACAUAUGAGCUGUUGCCCAUAUAUAAAACACCGGUUUAUAAACCAUUACGUCAGGGUCGAAUGGGAUGGAAUGGUUCAUACAAGUAAAGUUAUUUGUGGAUACCAGCUCAGAGCUGUCAUUUGUGCUCAGUUCUGUCAGUAUUCAUGCAACUAGCAUUUGCAUAUGCAUAUCAGCCACACACAUGCUUGUACAUUUUUUUCUGAAUGUUUGCUUUAAUGUAUUCUGUAUGACACUUAUGACAAUUGUAAAAAUAAGUAUUAAAAAAGAUGUUCAGAGAAGUAAACUACA